AUGUCCGUCUGGGACGCUUUUACCGGAAAAAAGUCCUCGAGGCAGCAUUCGGAAGCCUCUACCCAUCCUCAAUCUACUGCUUCUUCCUCGUCUUCGCCUUCAUUCACGCCUACACAAUUCGAUCCCUCCACUGCAACAGACGUGUCCUCCUUUCUUGGAAGCGCAUCUUUACCCGAUGCAUCUAAACUUCAUCCACUGGCCGGCUUGAACCAACAGACACUCGACUACCUGACGCUAGACGAGUCGGCACUCUCGGACCUCCCUGGCUCUAGGUCCAUAUUACCCUCGCGCGGCUGGUCCGAUGACUUGUGUUACGGCACAGGAGUCGUAUACCUUACGGCUUUGACGACGGGAGGCAUAUGGGGUCUAAUAGAAGGAUUGAACCGAACACCGGCAUCCGCGCCUCCGAAGCUAAGAUUAAACAGCGUCUUGAACAGCAUCACCCGAAGAGGACCUUUUCUGGGUAACUCGGCUGGGGUGGUGGCGAUGGUCUACAACGGAGUAAACUCAACGAUAGGAUAUUAUCGCGGCAAACAUGAUGCCACCAACAGCAUCGUGGCCGGUGCAUUAAGCGGGGCCAUUUUCAAGAGCACCAGAGGUCUGAAACCAAUGUUGAUCUCGAGUGGUAUCGUGGGUUCCAUCGCGGGAAUGUGGGCUUUGACUCGCAAAGUCAUUUUUGAACCGGGCGAACCUGCAGAGGCGAAAGAACAGAUGAUUGCUCCAGCACACGCAACCAUCUAA